CAGGGAGGGAGUUGCUUUCCGGUAAUAGUAAAGAAACGUGAUACCGAAUGAAAACGCACCAACAGCAUCCUCAUUAGUUGGAGCCUGACUCUGCUUAAUGUUGGUUUCUUUGUCAUCAGGUCUGCUAAAAAAUGACAGAAUAUAAACUUGUUGUCGUUGGAGCUGGUGGUGUAGGCAAGAGCGCCUUGACAAUACAGCUAAUUCAGAAUCACUUUGUGGAUGAAUAUGACCCUACAAUAGAGGAUUCCUACAGGAAGCAAGUAGUAAUUGAUGGGGAAACCUGUCUCUUGGAUAUUCUUGAUACAGCAGGUCAAGAAGAAUACAGUGCAAUGAGGGACCAAUAUAUGAGAACAGGGGAAGGCUUCCUUUGUGUAUUUGCUAUAAACAAUACAAAGUCUUUUGAAGAUAUUCACCAUUAUAGGGAACAAAUAAAGAGAGUUAAAGACUCUGAAGAUGUCCCAAUGGUGCUAGUAGGAAACAAAUGUGAUUUGCCUUCCAGAACAGUAGAUACAAAACAAGCUCAGGAUUUAGCAAGAAGUUACGGAAUUCCUUUCAUUGAAACAUCAGCAAAGACAAGACAGAGAGUGGAGGAUGCUUUUUAUACAUUGGUGCGAGAGAUUCGACAGUACAGAGUGAAAAAAAUCAGCAAAGAAGAAAAGACUCCAGGGUGCGUGAAAAUUAAAAAAUGCCUUGUAAUGGGUGUUGAUGAUGCCUUCUAUACAUUAGUUCGAGAAAUCAGAAAACACAAAGAGAAGAUGAGCAAAGAUGGUAAAAAGAAGAAAAAGAAGACAAAGACAAAGUGUAUAAUUAUGUAAAUACAAUUUAUCCUUAUUCUUAAGAAGUACUUAAGUAAUUUUUGUACAUUACACUAAAUUAUUAGCAUUUGUUUUAGCAUUACUUUACUUUCUGCUUCAUGAUCCUGCUAGCUUUACCUGAAUGCUUGUUUUAAAUGACAGUGGAAACUUCAUUCCUCUUAAAGUGCCAGUAUUCUUUGACUGUUGGUUCUUGAACUAGCAAUGCCUGUGAAAAAAAAAAAAAGGCAAAAAUAAACAAAAAAAAAACCACACACAAAAACCUGAGAACUGUCUUAGGACUCGUUGGUGCAUGCACAGUUGCUAACUUCCUAUUUUUCUUACUGAUCGUGAACUUCUGUUCUGUGUGCAAACCAAACAAUGAAAUGAUGCUCUACACAUUCUAACAUCCCCUUGCAUUUUUUUGUUUUUAAAUCUGGUUGGGAAAAAGGACUAGUUAGCAAGAGACUUUCAUUUCAGCCUUUCUUUUAUUUUAGACUGACUGCAAUAUAGAGAGACCAGAAGCCUUUAUAGUCUUCCUGUAGAUUUUGCUUCUAGGCAUCUAGUCUUGUAGCAUUUCAGAUCAACUUUUAAUGAAUGUAAAGAUAAAACUUUCACAAAAAAUUUUUCACCGCAAUUUGUCACGGUCGCUCCUUAAAUACUCUAUUUUUUCUAUAAAAAAAAGAAAAAUUA